GUGAGCUCUUCCUACGGUGCAGCAAAACAGACUGACGAAUUCAGGAACGGAGAAUCGUUGAUUGUGGUGCGUGUGGAAGAAGCACUCCCUGAGUUAUGGCCUCGGCAUCCAUACCAGCAUACAACUCCAUCCCACUGGAGAACAGCUCCAGCCAGAACGCAUCCAGUGAGAGCCUGAAGAUGGAGCCGCUGGCUGAUGUUGCCCUGUUGCCGGGGGAGGAGAGAGUGAUCGACAAAGACAUCAUUUACAUCUGCCCUUUCAAUGGCGCACUUAAAGGCAAAGUCUUCAUCACAAACUUCAGACUCUACUUCAAGAGCGACGGGGACCAUGUGGUGGUCCUGGACGUCCCACUGGGGGCCAUCAGUCGAGUGGAGAAAAUGGGUGGGGCCUCCAGUCGAGGGGAGAACUCGUACGGCCUGGACAUCACCUGCAAGGAUAUGAGGAACCUGAGGUUUGCUCUGAAGCAGGAGGGUCACAGUAGAAGAGACAUCUUUGACAUACUCUUCAAACAUGCUUUUCCUCUCUCCCACGGCAUGCAACUGUUUGCGUACCUCAGCCAGGAGAAGUUUGAUGAGAACGGCUGGCACGUUUACAAACCCAUGGAGGAGUACCGGAGGCAGGGCCUUCCCACUGACAAGUGGCGGAUCUCUUUCAUCAACGAGGACUACAAACUGUGCGACACGUACCCCACCAUCCUGGUGGUGCCCUUCAAGGCCACGGAGGAUGACCUGCUGAAGGUAGCCACCUUCCGAUCCCGCUGCCGCAUACCGGUGCUGUCGUGGAUCAACAAGGAGAACCAGGCGGUGAUCGUGCGCUGCAGCCAGCCCCUGGUGGGCAUGAGUGGCAAGCGCAACAAAGACGACGAGCGCUACCUGGAGAUGAUCCGGGAGGCCAACGGCACCACCAAGCUCACCAUCUUCGACGCCCGGCCCAAUGUCAACGCCGUCGCAAACAAGGCGACGGGCGGGGGCUACGAGGGGGACGACGCCUAUCAGAACGCGGAGCUGGUCUUCCUGGACAUCCACAACAUCCACGUGAUGCGCGAGUCCCUCAAGAAACUCAAGGACAUCGUCUACCCCAACGUGGAGGAGGCCCACUGGCUCUCCAGCCUGGAGUCCACCCACUGGCUGGAGCACAUCAAGUUGGUGCUGUCAGGGGCCAUCCAGGUGGCUGACAAGGUGUCCUCGGGCAACUCGGUGGUGGUGCACUGCAGCGACGGCUGGGACCGCACGGCCCAGCUCACCUCCCUGGCCAUGCUGAUGCUGGACAGCCACUACCGCACCCUCAGAGGCUUCCAGGUGCUGCUGGAGAAGGAGUGGAUCGGCUUUGGACACAAGUUCGCCUCGAGAAUUGGCCAUGGGGACAAAAAUCAUGCAGACCAGGACCGGUCGCCCAUCUUUGUGCAGUUUAUCGACUGCGUGUGGCAGAUGACCAAACAGUUCCCCACAGCGUUUGAGUUCAACGAGCGCCUGCUGAUGGUCAUCCUGGACCACCUGUACAGCUGCCGCUUUGGCACCUUUCUCUUCAACUGCGAGAGUGUCCGUGACAACAACAUGCUGAGAACAAAGACGGUGUCCCUGUGGUCCCUGGUCAACAGCGACACGUCGUCCUUCAUCAACCCCUUCUACACCGAGGAGUCCAGCCGCGUGCUCUACCCUGUGGCCAGCAUGCGCCACCUAGAGCUCUGGGUGACCUACUACAUCCGGUGGAACCCUCGCAUUAGGCAGCAGCAGCAGAGUCCAGUGGAGCAGCGCUACAGAGAGCUGCUGGCGCUGCGUGACCAGUACCUGAAGAAGCUCCAGGAGCUGCAGCUGUCUGACUCCUCCCCCUCCGCCCACCUGUCCAACAGCUCCACCCCCUCGGCCGCCUCCCCCACACAGCACAUCACACGCCUCCAGACGCCCUUCUGAUCCCCCCCCCCCCCUUAUAGCCACCACCACCACUGCCACACACACACACACUCACACUCUCUCACACACACACACACACACACACACACACUCACAUUCACACGCAUGGUCACAGGACAUUUUGUAAAUAAGGAGGGUGAUAACCGUGGCCACAGGAAUAGUAAUAAUGUCCGUUAUUAGAAGUAAUAAUCACAAUUAUGCAAUACAGUCACAGUACAGCCUUUUAUCGGACUCUGCGCACAGACCAGGGUGACGCCUUAAUGAGGAAACGAUGACUUGUGGGAGUUUUUUUGCACGCCUGCCCGAGGACCUGUGCAGGGAUGUACAAAAGAAAAAAGGAAAAGCAAAAAAAGGUAGCAAACAAGGAGAUAAAAAAAAAAAGAAACAAUGGCUCGUCUCAAAAUGACCACCCUCCCUCCCCUAAGCUGUUUUUUUUACGAUUGGGCAUUUUGUGGAACUGUCUUCUGCCAACACAGAGAUCUGUCUGUAGAGGGCACUGUUGUGUUAGUAUUAUCAUGCCAUGAGGCCAUGUUGCGCGUGUCUCAGUAUGUGUAUGCAGCCCUGUGCCCAUAGCAUCACUGCUGGAGUCAGAGCAGGAAAUGGUAGUGUGGUUUCUAAAUGCUUUCUGCAUAAAGGCGUCUCUAUCACGGCCAUUAGUAACCAACUGUAAGUCGCUUUGGACAAAAGCGUCUGCUAAAUAGUGUAACUGUAACCCUAACUGUAACAUAAGAGGGAUCACCCUCAUGCUUUUUCUUGAGUACUGUGAUACUGCUGGGACACAGUGAUGCUUCAUUAGUCUCAUAGUCUCAUUAAUUAUUUAAGAUGAUUGAUUUUAAGAUGAGAAAUUAAGUCCCAUCAGAUACAUUGUGAUAUUGCGUUUGGAUUCACAAUUCUACCAUGUACUGACAGUCAUGCAGGGGUAAUUUUAGGGUGGUGUUUGUCGAACUCUUGUGUACUGUGGAGGUCCUGGCAUUUCGAGAAUUCGGGUGGCUUAGACUUCUUCGGCCUGGACAGAGCCAUUGUCUUGUUUUAUGCCUUGGUUUGUAAAAGAUGAAGAUUUGACGCGUCGCCUAGUGUCCGUUUGGUGGGUUUGGUCUGUCCUUAUAGUUCUCAGAUUCCGUAAAACCCCUGGUUGUGGAUGCACUGUUCCAAAAAAGAAUUACCACGACCCGCAGCUCUUAGAAAAAAAAAACUGACGUUACGUUUUGAGACCCCGCUCCCUAAUCAGGGGUGUAGACUAGAGUUAACAUGAAGGUCAAAUUUGAAAAUGAAGCUGGAAGGUAUGGAUGUAGGAGUUGGGAGUAAGUACUUAAUUGUGUUGCUGCACACACCUCUCACUUUCGAGAUGUGAUGAGACUUCAGAUUGGGAGGGAUUCGCUUAUGUUGUUAUUGUUAUUAUUAUUAGUAGUAUUGUUAUUAUAAUUGAGCAGAAGCAGGGUUGGUCAGGGGCUACUACUGCUUGCGAGUCCAGUUCUGUGCCUUUUCUUGUACCUGAGGUCUAUCUACCCCAGGAGGACAUUUUGUAUCAAUACGUUGUCUCUCUUUAAUUUUCUGUGGGCAGCAAUCAGUGGCAGGGAAGGACGUCUUCCAUUGGCUGCGGGUGUUUUGAUUGGCAGGUGGAACUGAGGUGAUGUUGGAUCGGAUGGUAUACGCCAAAAAGAAAAUAAAGAAGAAAAAGUCCAGCUCUUGGUCCAGCUGGACCAAUGACGAUGGCCGCUUCCCUCUGUGUGGUUGCCGGAGAUACCUCCUGACUCACUCCACAGGAAGGGCUAGGGGUCAUCACCUGCGUGUGGGAGGAUUGGGUACACGAGUACUCAAGGGCCCUGCUGGCCCCAGAGCUGAUGUUGACGUGUUGGCAGAAGCCGCUCUGAGUGCAGGUGGGGGGCGGCUGUAGCUUAUCUCAGAAAGGGGACACACACACUCAGAAAAAAGGGGGGAGGGCCUUGAAGACCCUAUUUUCGGAGUUUCCCACAGUACAUGCAAAGCCAUAUUUUUAACUUUGAAGAGUUCUUGGAGUAGUAAGAAGUCUUGAAGGUUCCAGAUAGGGCAUUUGAAAGUUGUUCCUUAGAAGAUGGAGUUCUUCUAUGCGGAGGAACCUUAAGGAUUUCAGGUGUCUCUCUUUUAUUUUUUUUUUCUACGAGUGUGUGAGUGGUAAUGAGACGGCGUAACUGCUCUCAGAUCUGUGCUUAAGAGCGACUUCUCCCUGGAGCUAUUGCAAAUGCUGCCCAGGAAAAGCUAAACUUUCUAAGACUUUGGCCUCAAUGAGGAGAUGCAGUCUAAAAACCAUAGCACGUGUGAGAAUGAAUUUAAAAACAACAACACAAAAAAACAAAACACAAACAACACAAGAACAUUUUUGAAGUUGGUUGUGUUUUUAGGGGAAAAGGAAAAAAAAGAAAAAUCUAUUUUGUUUAUUUUUUACUUUGUACAAGUACAAUAACUGUGUAAUUACCUCAACAAAGCCUAUUUUACUGUUGAAAGCUCUAUUGUUGUAAAAUAUAAUUAUUUUAUUUAGUGUAAAAUUUGACAGUUUUAUAAAAAGGAAAGUAAUAAGAAAAAAUUGUUUGGUUGGUUGAACCGAUGGUAAUUUGUGGAUUUCUGCUUCCCAUAUAUAAUUAUUAUUUUCUUUUUUUUCUGUCUUGUUUACUUAAUGGGCAUUUUUUAUUUGUGUGCUAACAUUGAAGGCUGUGGGCCUUGGUCCAUCGGUCAUAUUAGAUAUGACUGUUGUAGCAAAUAUGCAUAUUUUCCCCCACCUCGCCGCAUGGGUUUCAGUAUGGGGGAGAUUUGCACUUUGUAUCACUUUACUCCUACAUGGUUUCUCCCUCUCUCUCUCGCUUUCAUUUUGAUCCUUUUUGUACCUUUUAAUGUAGACAGCAUAGUUUAAAGGGAUUUACUUUUUUUGUUUGUCAUUUACUCUUCUUCAUGAUAUACUCUCCACAGUUUGUUGGCUGGCUCUUGUUUUGUAAAUAAUGCUGAUUAAAUUAAUUUAAAGAUUUCACAACCUC